AUGGCCCUGAGCACGCGGCCUGUGCUCACAUUCCUGCUGUUUCUGGCCACAGGCGUGGGAGGCCAGGAGCAGGACCAGACCACCGACUGGAGGGCCACUCUGAAGACCAUCCAGAACGGCAUCCACAAGAUUGACAUGUACCUGAACGCUGCUCUGGACCUGCUGGGCAGCGAGGAUGGGCUCUGCCAGUACAAGUGCAGCAACGGAUCGAAGCCUGUUCCACGCUAUGGAUAUAGACCAUCCCCACCAAAUGGCUGUGGCUCUCCAUUGUUUGGUGUUUAUCUUAACAUUGGCAUCCCUUCCCUGACCAAGUGCUGCAAGCAACACGACAGGUGCUAUGAGACAUGCGGUAAGAGCAAGAAUGACUGUGAUGAGGAGUUCCAGUGUUGCCUCUCCAGGAUCUGCCGAGAUGUACAGAAGACACUGGGGCUUGCCCAAAACGUUCAGGCAUGUGAAACCACAGUGGAGCUCUUGUUCGACAGUGUCAUACAUCUAGGCUGUAAGCCAUACCUGGACAGCCAGCGAGCUCCGUGUUGGUGUCGUUAUGAAGAAAAAACAGAUCUUUAGAGAUCCUGACAGCUGUUGGACAAACAAGGACAG